AUGUCAUUGUACUACGAAGAAGAAGAAGACUGGGAACUACCCGUGGUGUUGGGCGAGUCUUCCGUUGAUGACUCGAUUACGUACGAGAUGCCGUCGGCAGAGGAAUUGCUGGAGCUGCGCGCUAAAGAACUCGAGUGCCAGGAAGAGCUGCAGCGCCUGCGCGAGCUCGAGGAGGGCGACGAGGAGGCGCACAAGACUCUCGCCGCCGAGCUGUCCACGCUGCUGCGUCUGCCGCAGGCGCGCCGCCCGCCCGCCGCCGAGCUGUGGGCCGCGCUGGCGCCGCACGUGCCGGGCGCGCCCACGGGCGACGAGGCGCCCAUGUUGCAGGCCGGCCUGCUGGAAGCGCAGAUGCCGCAGAUCGUGCAGGCGCUGGCGGCCGGGGUCAAGUCCGCGGCGCGCUGGUCCGACGCCGACAUGCUGGGCUCCUGCGCUCUGCUUACGGUCGCCGUGUUGAUGGAGAACUCGCCCAAUCGUCGGAAAGCCGUGCGCACGUUACAUGCGCUCCUGGACCGGUACGCCAACCGGGAACAGUUGAUGGCCGUGGCGUACAUGAUGGUGACGGCGUUCCCGGCGGCCUCCGCGGCGCGGUUGGAGCUCAUCGACCAGGUGUGCAGCGGCUCGUGCUCGGGCGGAGACCGCAUCGCCUACAUCCUCAACAGCACGGCUAUGCUGGACCUGCUGGGCGCGGGCGCCCGCGCAGACGGCGCGCCGGCCACGUUCUGCGCGCCCAGCUUCAUGCAGGUGGCGCGCGCGGCGGCGAGCUGGCGCCACUGCGAGGCGGCGGCGCAGCAGCGCUGCAUCCAGCUGGCCGGCCGCCUGCUGACGGAGACGCUGGGCGGCGGCACGCCCGACACGGAACCCGAGGAGCGCGCGCUGCUCCUCGAGCAUCUGCGCCCGGAUCCCCUCAUGGACAGCGAUACGCCGCAGAAGGAUAGAUUGAAGGUGCUGGUAGAGGCAUCCAAGUUACGAUUGCUGUUCCACGAAGAGCUGUGA